AUGCAUUACUACUGUGUCAUGCUUAUUGUCUUGAUGGCAAUAAAGCCAACAUCUUCUCAAAUGAUGAUGGGGCCAAUGAUGGGAAUGAUGGGAGGUAUGAUGCCAAUGAUGCACGGUAUGAUGAUGCCCAUGAUGAUGAAUCACAUGCAAAUGAUGAUGGGUAUGAUGGGUGGUGGUGGUAAGUUUGUUAGAGGAUUUUUUAUUCCACAAUAUUUCGUAGUCGAUACCGUGUUCACUGUGGUCUCACAGUGUCAACCCAGAAACACAAUAGCCCUAGUAAGUGGUCCUAAAGGGAUGGUAGUCUCAGUUCAUUCGGGCGACCCCGGUCCCGGAGUUUGA